AUGGUGAACAGAUACCUCCCCUUCUUCCAAGGGGUGGUACUCAACCAGGCCACGCCGACCCACCAUCCUAUCCCCGGGAACGGGAACGUCGCCGUCAACUUCGACGAUGAGCCGCCGCUUCUGGAGGAGCUCGACAUCGACACGGGCCUCAUCUGGCGGAAGGCGGUCUCCAUCCUCCACCCGCUCCGCUCCGUGGACCCGUCCCUCCACGCGGAAGCCGAUCUCUCCGGCCCCGCGCUGAUCCUACUCUCCUUGGCGUUCUUCCAGCUCCUGGCCGGGAAGCUCCACUUCGGGAUCGUCCUCGGCUGGGCCACCGCCGCGUCAGUCUUCCUCUACUUCAUCUCCUCCAUGCUCCUCUCGCCGGGACGAGGAGGCCGUGGCGACCUCAGCCUCUACCGUUGCGCCAGCCUGCUCGGAUACUCCAUCAUGUCCAUGACCAUCUUCUCGGCGGUAUCCCUCUUCCUGCCGCGGGGCGGCGGGCUCAUCUUCGCGGUGGGCAUGGGGUUCGUGCUGUGGUCUACAAGGGUCUGCAGCAGGCUGCUGGUAGCUUGUAGCGGCCAUGGCGAUGGGCAUCGGGGGAUCGUUGCCUACCCGUGCUUCCUCGUCUUCAUGCUCUUCUCCCUGCUCGUCAUCUUUUGA